GUGGCUCCAAUCAUGCACAUAAUGAUGAUAAUAAUGAUGAUGAUGGAGUUGGAGUUGGAGUUGGAGAGGAUAUAGAUAACAAACAUGGUGCUGGGUUACCCAAUUCACCAUCUUCUUCAGGUGGGUUCCGUGUCACUUUGUAGAGUGGGACAUAUCACAUUUGUGCUCUCUCAACAUUUAUGUUGGUGAUGAAAAUUUGGAAACUUUUGUAGAAUUCUACAAUACAAUACAAUACAAGGACACACAUUGUUAUGUUGUUUUGCCACAAGAAUUUUUGUUUUCUUCAGACUUGUACUACAAUACUACUCUAGGUGGCUUUGGCUAUGGUCUUGAGCUGAGAUCACAUACACUGUCAGAUCAGAUCAGAUCAGGUCCGGGCCCUGCCACUGUUGAAUUUGUGUCCUUUUUGGCAGCAUCAAAGCAUUUUGGAGAAUUCUGCUGGGAAUUUUUUAUAUCGGUCAGCAACCGGAAAAUCCAUUGCUCUUACUGGGGCAGUAUAGUGAUGAUGAUGAUCAGGAGGAUGAGAAACUUGAUGAGGCUGCUGUGGAAAGUUCCUUGGUUGAAAAUAACAAUGAGGUUAAGGGAUCGAAUGGAGAAGGUUGUUUAGAUAUGGAUGCUAACAAACAUGAAUCUGAUAAAACCUCUAGCUCUCUUGAUGUUAACCACAACCUCGACGACACAGAUAGAAAAGAAAGUGAUGAUACAGCCUCGACUGCCUUAGGCAAGGGUGAUACAGCCUCAACCGCCUUAGGAAAGGAUUUGGAAACUGGACAGAUCUUUGCCCCUGUAACAUCUGAUUUACAACCAAGUGGAGAUGUGAGUUCUGGUUGGCAGAUGGUACUGCAUGAGGAAAGUAAUCGGUAUUAUUAUUGGAACACAAUAACUGGAGAAACCUCAUGGGAAAUACCGGGAGUAUUGGCUCAGGCAUCUGAGUUGACCAAUAAUCAUGCAUCGGCCAUCACUAAUGAAAGAACCGAAAAUGCUUUUGUUGGUAUGCAUGACCCCAGCUUGAGUAUAGGUCCGACAUUUGAUGGUGUUUCAGCUGGAACACAUAUUGAAGGUUCACAAUUGGUUGAUUGGAGUGUAGCAAAGAAUGAGGCUCAGAAUGAUACAAAUUGUGGUAAUGAUGUCGUAAAUGCUUCAUCUGUCAAUGAUACUUUAGGUGAAGGUAGUUCUAUGAAAGAUGUUUAUGACAAGUUGGUAUAUGGUAUGAUGGACACUGAAGGUCAUGGUUCUGGAAUGGACCUUUCUACUUCUCUUAUCGAACGCAGUGAGUCUUUGAUAGAGAAAUUUAAGACAGUUAAAGGGUCUGACAGCAAAAUGCAAAGUAUUGACUGCAUCUCCAGGUGUAUUUUGGAAGUUGAGAUUAGACUUUCUGAUAUUAAAGCACUUUCAUCUUUUGGUUCUUCUCUGCAUGAAUUUUGGGUACAUUCUGAAAGACGAAUUAAACAACUCGAGGAUUAUAUUAGUGGUGAACUUUCCAAUAUCAGUACGCAAACACAAAUUGAUAACAAGAUUCAAGAAAGCUCUGAAGCUGAUAUCGGUACUCAUACACAUCUUGAUGACAAGAUUGAAGAAAGCUCCGAAGCUGAUGUAUCUACAAUGGUUAACACAUCAACAAUAUCAUCUAAUGACCGCGAUGCUACAAAUGCCAUUACUUGCGUACAUGUAGCUACUACUACUGGUGAACAAGUAAAUAAUGGGGCAGCCUGUCCUGAGGAAUUAAAUCCGAAGCAAGGGUCACUUGCUGCAGAAGAUGACGACAUGGAUGUUGACAUGGAGGUUGAUGAUGCUUCUGCAGGCAAUACUGCCAUUGUCGAUGCAUCAGUUGUGAAGGAGUCUGCUGUGCAACCAAUUCAGCAGACAAUUCAGCCUGCAGGGUACACAUCUCUAGUCCCAGGCGAUGUGUUUAGUGUUCCACCUCCCCCAGAUGAAGAGUGGAUUCCCCCACCUCCACCAGAUAACGAGCAAAUUCCUCCACCCCCACCAGACGAGCCACCUCUGCCCAUAUAUCCUUUACCUCCAUCAUAUCCUGAGACAGCACCAACUCCAUAUGCGGAACAAUACAAUUUAUCUUAUCCAAACUCCAAUUAUGAAUAUUACGGGCAAGCAGCUACAGAAAUCCCGGGCAGUAACUUUUAUGGGCAGGCAGUGGCACCAGUCUAUUACGAUGCUGUUCCUGUUCCAAAUACAUAUUCUGAAACUCCUCAAGUCACAGCUGUUGCUUAUUAUGAUUACGAUUCUAGUGUUCCUCCUGCCCCUGGGGUUAGUAGUGUAGAGUCCUCUUUACUUCCCAGGGAGCCUGCUUCGAUUGGCUAUGGAACUCUCGUUUCUAAUCAUGUUGGAUCUGUGCAUUCCUUAGUUGAAGCAAACGGCAAUUCAUUGCCAUCUGCAGAUGAUAGCAACAGCUCUGCUGUUGUUGGUGAGAUUGGUAUGGCAUCUCUGGAGGUUCCUUCCACUAAAGCUUCCACCGAAGCUCCCAUUGUUUCUGCAAAAGAGAGUGAUUCGGUACCACCAGUUGAAGCAGUCCCUGCAACUGCUGCUACUUCCACUACCACAACAGCUACUAAGGUUCAUGCUAAAGUUCCACGUGUUAAAAAGCGGUCAGUUGCUAAUGCCCCGUCGUUGAGAUUAAAUAAGAAAGUUUCCAGUUUGGUCGACAAGUGGAAGGCAGCAAAAGAAGAGUUGCGGGAAGAUGAGGAACCAGAAAACGCAUAUGAGAUGUUAGAAAAGAAGAGACAAAGGGAAAUCGAGGAAUGGAAGGCGCAACAGAUUGCCAGUGGAGAGGCGAAAGAUAAUGCUAAUUUUCAGCCUCUUGGUGGUGAUUGGAGGGAACGAGUGAAGCGAAGAAGAGCUCAACAAGCCAAAGAAGCUGCACGAAAAACCCCCGAGUCAAGUAACGAUGAAAACCCCACCAAAGUAGUUGCCAAAGAAGAACCUACAAGAAAAACACCAGAGUCGAGGAAUGAUGAAAUAAAGAAGCCUGUAGUAAGUGAACUCUCGAGGGAUGAUGAUCUUCCAUCUGGGUGGCAGGCGUACUGGGACGAAUCGUCGAAACAAAUUUAUUAUGGAAACCUUGUGACUUCAGAAACUACAUGGAUCAAACCAACGAAAUAAGCCAUAGUUGAAUUUACUAUAGCUUAAAAUUUUGAUUUGUCUUACCAUUUUUUCUUUUCCAACCCUUGGUUCGUGUACAUGUUUAAUUUUAUGUCAAGGGGAAGUUCAUAGGAAGAUCAUUUAAACUAAAUAUUCACCAACAUUGAGAAGUAGAUUCUAUCUUUUUGACCAAUGAUAAAGUCUCACUUGUUUUCAUAUAUACAUAUAUAGUUUCUACUUGCUAA